GCCAUAACCUGCUGUCCUCAUCCAAAUACUUUAGUUGACUGAGUGAGUACACUAAGGGAGAAGGGUCCUGUAGAAGAGAGCGUGUGCUUGAGAGAGCCAGUGACUUUCUUGGGAGUGCUUUGACUCUGUCUCUCUGUCCCAGGAGAGGAGGAGAGCGAUGAGCUGUCCUGCUAAAGCUCUGCAGGGCUGAUUGUUCCCCAUCUCAUCGCAUCUCUGUGCCUGACUGUGUGACCUGACCCUCCAGUCCUCCUCAACAGCACAUCUAAUCUGAUUCUGCAGCUCUCUGUCCGAAGCUGCCAGCACCAUGAGCUCAUCUGGGGCAAACCUCCACAACAAGCGUCUACCCUAACAAGUGAUGAGACGGUCCAUGUUAAAAUAAAAUGUUUCCUGUCGCCCUCCCACACCCUCAGCAACAUUAAAAGCGGAGACCGAGCAUGCUCAGAGGGUCCCAGGAAUGGACGCAGCCCAGCAGAUGAAACUAAGAGAGCGACAGCGCUUCUUUGAGGAGGUCUUUCAGCACGAUGUGGAUGUCUACCUGUCCUCUGCUCACUUGCAGAUUCAUGACUAUAAGAGACCUCCCAUUGGCAGUGUCUCGUCCAUGGAGGUUAAUGUGGACAUGCUGGAGCAGAUGGACCUCAUGGACAUCUCUGACCAGGAAGCACUGGAUGUCUUCCUCGGCUCUGGGGGGGAUGAGGGGGUGCUGGCCUCCCCUCUGCCAGGUAAAGUAGUUCAUGGAAACAACAACAACGAUAAGGUAAUCAACCAGGGACGCUCUCUCCACUACACUGACGGUUGUGAUGGGAAGUUCCGCAUGUCCUCCACCUCCUCCACUAACAGCCAGAACACCAAUGAGGACGGACGGGACACCCAAGUCGUCCAAUCAGAUGAUGAAGAUGUGCAUGCCGACACAGUCUUGCUGAGGGGAUCACCCCCAGGGAAAGAUGAGAAGAAGGAUCGGUUUAUCCUCUCUUCCUAGGCGCCUUCCUUCACUUCCAAUAUUCAGUAACAGUUUGGACUUACUGGUGCUUACAAGUAUCACUUCAACUGGACACACACACUUCUGUGGACUGGCAAGACAACUGCCACUUUCCACAGCCUUUUCUUUACUCUUCAUUUUGUUUUGCCUGAACUGUACAUAUAAAGCCAAAUCUUCUCCAAGCUUGCUUAUCUCCAUUUAUACUUCUGGAAUGUAGAUGACAGGACAUUUCUUUUUAUUUCCUCAUUUAGCAUCCUAUUAAGAUCUGGCAGUGUGUGGUACUCUUUUGGGAAGGACAUUUUUGUGUGUAAGCAUGCUUUGCUAUACUACAGAUCAGAACAACUGAGUGUUAGUAAAAAGUAAGUAUCUGUAUUAACCAGGUUGAAAUAAAGGUUGAAUAAUUUAUAAAAUAAAGAUGUAGAGAACUAAUAUUUUUUUAUGUAAGAUGUAAAUAAAGACAGGUUAACUUUUUUUCUUUAGAGAGAAACAUAUAAACUGUGCACAACUUUGCCAUGCUUUGUAAAUCUGGCCCUUGGUUCCCAUAUUCCCUAAAAUGUUCAACCAACCCAAAACACCUGCCACAAAUAAGGACAUAUUGUACAUAGUGCUUAGUGGUGCUUUAAUUUGUUGUAUCUUUCUCUUAGUAUCCUCUUAUUCUCCGACUUAAGGUUUAUUUAUUUUAACUAUACAUAGGAAUAAAAAAAUAACAUUUGUUUCCCUGGAAACAAUUA